AAAACAGACAUUAUAAAGCAGUGCUUCACAUUGACAUAGUGGUGUUCUGCCUCUUAAACUGUGAAACGCUGUGUGAGAUGUCGAGACAUUGGAUAAAUCUUCAGUUAAACAGCAUUGUCAUUUUACAGGGUGGACACUCAACUCAAUAAAUGUACACAAAAAAAUCUAAGAACUCCUUACUCUUUUUAUAGAAAUAACAGAAUUUAAAUCAGAUUGCUCAUGUGACGCCCCUUUUCAUCUCUCUCCACUGGCUACCGGUUGAAGCCCGUAUCAGAUUCAAGUCACUAAUGCUUGCCUACAGGACUAUCACUGGAUCUGCACCGACAUACUUUCACACCCUCCUACACUCCUACACCCCAUCAAGAUCCCUGCAUUCAGCAAACCAGUGGCGUCUUGUACUGCCUUCCCAUAAGGGCAGUAAAUCGCUUUCCCGCUCAUUCUCCUGGUGGAGCAUUCUUCCUAACUCGGUCCGGUCAACCACAUCUCUCACAACAUUCAAAAAACUUCAAACCCAUCUCUUUUGUGAAUACUUGACAGACAAAUGAAAAAAUAAAACCUCUCUCUUUCUCUCAACGGGUAGUGGUCUAGCUUUUGUUGAAACCAGUAUUGGCAUGUAUUGGCACCUAUUGCAUUAUUGCUCCUGUAUGACAUAUUGCUUAUUGCUCCUUAAACUAUUUGUAAGUCGUUUUGGAUAAAAGCGUCCGCUAAAUGACUAAAUGUAAAUUGCAUUUACAACCCAGUCUCAAGGCAGUUCGUGGCAUUGGCAUGAAAUUUGGAAUCUAUUAAUUUGUGUUCGUGGAAUAUUCAAUUCAAUUCAGUUCAAUUUUAUUUAUAUAGCGCUUUUCACAAUGUGCAUUGUUCCAAAGCAGCUUUACAGGAGCAAAUAAGAAAAACACAGAAAGGUAAAACACAGCACAGUGCAUGGUGUUUAUAGACCAAGCAAGAUCAUUAUAAUAUAUAAUAUCUAAUAAAUAAAUGAAUAAAUAAAUAAAUAAAUGCAGUCUCCCGGUGAGCAAGCCAACACUGCACUGCUCUGCUGUGGCGAGGAACCCAAACUCCAAUGAUGAAUAAUGGAGAAAAAAAAACCUCAGGAGAAACCAGGCUCAGCCGGGAGGGCCAGAUCUCCUCUGAUGUGUCAUAGCUGCACUCAGUGACCCCGACCAAAGCCACCGAGCAACGUCCACGAAGAACAGGGAGAGCCCACGAGCCGUGACCCAGGAAGCCCCACCCGCCGAAACCGUGCAGGUCCAACCCGGUCCCAUUCCGCGAUCAACAACAGACAACAGAGGAACAACCAGGGAAAAGUAGUAAUGCCAUAAUUAACUUUAUUCCUCUGUUGUCCGACAUCGACCACAAAACAAGACCAACCAGACCCACACAGUCCCAACAAAUGAAACGCCCCGAACCACAACCAACAAGCCCCCCCACUCCCUACAACACCCACCCAGCUACCUCCAAUCAAAGUCACUGAGUGCAGCCAUAACUUCAAACUGCUGUCGUGUGAUGUAAGUUUAGCAUUAAAUACCAAGUAUUGUAAAUUUAGCAUUUAUGUGACAGGUAGUCCGUCUUUGCUCUCGGUUGGGGAUGGAAUUGUCUGAGCUGGGCCGGCCAGAUGGUCGCCUUUUUCUUGGGUGGUGAUGGAAUUGCCUUGGAUGGAGCUGGAUGGUCAGUCAGUCCGCAGGCUCUCGCAGGAGGAUGGCACGGGAUUUUCCGAUGUAGCUGGCGUAAUCUCUAGUUGUGGAUGGGCAUAUGACGUUCAUCUGGGCCUGGCGGAAUCUCUCCCUACCUCGGGAUGGGCAUCCCGAGGCGAGGGCAGAAACAGAAAGAGAAUAAUUAGCGUAGCUGCUGUUCAUUAGCUAUGUAUUAGUGAAUGCUUGGCUGAAAAGAUGUGUCUUUAAUCUAGAUUUAAAUUGGGAGAGUGUGUCUGACCCUCGAAUAGUAUCGGGGAGGCUAUUCCAGAGUUUAGGUGCUACGUAUGAGAAAGCUCUACCCCCUUUGGUGGAUUUAGUUAUUCUAGGUGUUAUCAAAAAUCAAAAAGGAGUUUUGAGAUCUUAGAGAGCGUGAUGGGUUGUAGUGUGGUAGAAGCUCUGUUAUGUAGGUACGGGCUAAACCGUUUAAGGCUUUAUAAGUAAUUAAAAGAACUUUAAAGUCAAUACGAUACUUAAUGGGUAACCAGUGAAGGGUUGAUAACAUUGGGGUUAUGUGAUCGUAUUUUCUGGACCUGGUUAGAACUCUGGCAGCUGCAUUCUGAACUAACUGUAGUUUGUUUAUUGAUGCUGCAGGACAACCACUAAGCAGUGCAUUACAGUAGUCAAGUCUUGAGGUCACAAAUGCAUGAAUAAGCUUCUCUGCGUCAGCCACACAUAAAAUAUUUUGCAAUUUGGCGACAUUUCUAAGGUGGAAGAAGGCUGUUUUUGUGACAUUUGAGAUGUGAUUUUUAAAUGACAGGUUGCUGUCUAAUAUAACGCCAAGGUCUUUAACUGUAUUUGUUGGAGUAACAGUGCAGCCUUCAAUUUGCAGGUCAUAAUCCGAAAUAUUCUGCUCACGUGUCUUUGGUCCGAUAAGUAAUAUUUCUGUUUUAUUAGAAUUUAUUUUGUUAUUUUGUAGUAUUAUUCGGGGGACAGACACAGUCUCUAUGCAUUUGGAAGCAGUAACAUUUCUAACAGAUGAGUGGGAGGAACACAGACUAUGGUUGAAGUUUUGACUUACCGCUGGUAGACGUAGUCAAGCGGUGCGUAGCGUCUUUGAGAUGUUGUCAGACAGAAGAACCGCUCCGAUGCUGCUGGGGUGUAGGCCGUCAGGGCGGAAGAGCCUAGGUCGCUCCCAGAACAGAUCAAAAUUAUUAACAAAGAGCAGCUUCUGUUCAAUACACCAUGAAAUCAACCAUUUAUUUAGAGCAAAUAGUCUACUGAACAUUUACAAUGAGUGCGCACCUUACCUUUAGUGGAGGAAGCGCGUACGUUCCGGACGAUUGAGUCUCCGAUGACCACAGCGUUGCAUUCCGUCUCGCAGAGGGCGGCAAAGCGGUUCCUGGUCGGGAUCUCGAAGACCGGUGGCGGCGGUUGGGUCAUCGCUCCAGUCCUGGCUCGCGCCUUUCGCCGUGGGUGUGACGGUGCAGGAGUGAAGUUCAUUUGGGCUGACCGUGUUCUCGAAGCCUGGGCUCUGUGCAGAGAAACACGCGGAGUAGAAGUGGAAGGAGUAUUAAAAUCGCGAUGAAAACUUACCGCGGAUUUGCGAGCGUCAGCUCUGGAUGUUUCCAGCGCCGUUUUACGUUCUCGCAGCCGUGUCUGAUUCUCCACAGCCUCCAGUUCCGACUGAAGUGCGAUCGUUUCCUCAUCUGCACUCAGAGUAUUCAACACCAAAGCACAGAUGUCUUGGAAAGGAGAGAAGAGAAAAUGAAGAAUGGCAGAGAACAGUGAAUGUUGAAUCCUCUCUGUUAAAAGAGACGACAGCUGAUUCAGGUUUUCAGGAAAAGAUGGCUAUUUCUGACAGCAGUUUCCUGAUGGAAGAACCUGACAAUCUUGAAAUUGAAAAUCUAGAGGAACAUGCUUUAGAUAUAGAAGCAUCACUUCCCCAAACAAGUGAACCACCUGAAUCAUCAGAGCCGUAUGGGGAUCUGAAAAGGGACCAGUUGCUGCCUAGACUUAAUCCCAAGAGGCUUUUCACAUCCAGGUCACUAGAGGACGCUGCAGAGAGAGUUACUAAAGUGUUGGAGGAUGAGUCUGAAGAAGAGUUGGGUGCAGGUGUCAGAGCAGCAUUUAACUCCUUUAAGACUCAGCUGAAAGCUCAUUUUUCUAGCAGGUAUAAAAGAAUCGAAGCUAGAUCAAUGCAGUCCCUAACAGACUGUCAGAGAAAUGUGACCUCUCUCUUGGGAACGGUACACAGUCAAAGAUUGUUACAUUUGGAGCAUUUUCAGAACAGUGUGGUGCAGCAGCUGGAAUGUUUGGAGCAGGACUGUCUGUCUCUUAAAGCCAUCGAGAAAGAAACCGUGAAUUUCUGGCAGUCAGAGUCGAAUACAGUUCGAGCUUUUUGUGAUCGACAGCAAAAGAGGUUGGAUUCUCUGACCGUCCCUCAAGAAAGUGCUGUUGCCUCAUACGGUCGAUCAGAGAACCAAGAGGCUAAAGUCAGUUUGCUUGCAGAUGUUGUGGCCUCCCAGUGUCCUUCAGAACAAUCGAACGCAGAGGAUUUGUCCUCAUAAGACUGCUAUUGCUUUGCUUUCAUUUUUUUUUCUGUCUGUCCGGG